AUGCAGUUUCACCCGGGCGGAGCGUUAGGAGCUUGCCGAGUACUAUGGUCCUGUGCUGCGCGUGUAUCACCGGCCAGUCCGCUUCCGAUCGUCCCUUUGGGCUGUGAGUGUGUCGCCGGCUCAGAUACGAUCUUGAACACUCUGUUGAGAUGCUGGGCUUUGGGUCAGACAUUGAACCGUCGAAGACACCAACCUCGCUCUGAACUUCGUCGGGCCGGCGCGGCGGAGAUUCCCUCUCCUUCUCCGACCCUCACCAACGACCAUCACCACAUACAUUUGACGAACCAAGGUGAUGGUCGUUCCGUGGAGGAGGAGAGGGAUCUCCUUUUAUUUGAACACCAGCUGCGAGAGGGGGAGACGGUGCGGGCUGCCGGGCUCCAACUGGAGCAAAUGGAGUUUAAUCAUUAUCUCCGGAUAACGGAGAUGGAGACUCGUGCGCGCCUCCGGGAGCGGGAACUCCUCCUUCGGGAGCGAGAGAUGGGCCUUCGGGAACGUCAGUGGCGCCUUCGGGCACAGAAGAUUAUUUUCUUCACUUUUUUGGCGCUCUUCGGAGCUUAUAUGAUGCUGCUGUUUCUCCGCCUUCGGGCAAACAACUAUGUUACGGGGGUUGUGUGGGUGGAUGAGGUGGUGGAGGUGGAUGGAUGGUUGGGGGAAUGGGUGGAUGUGGAUUUAUAG